AUGCAUUUCUCCUCUCCCUUCUCGGCCUUCCUCACACUCCUCUCCGCAACAACAAUCGCAACCGCCUCCCCUUUCUCCCUUCCCAAAACCGCCGUUCGCCUAGCUGCAGACCCUACAAACCCAGCCCUAACCUGGCACGUCUCCAACUUUGACAUCGGCUGCUCCCCCAGCGGGUGUGUCUACAGCUUCAACAUUGCCGGCGCCGCGUCAGCAAACACACCCGGAUUUAACACAACAUGCAACGGAACAAGUGUGCAGGACGACUACGCCGCGUGCAAGGACAAGGCCAUGCUCGCGCAAAUUGAGCCGGCGCAGUACCCGAAUUGGACGGUCAAGGCGCAGCACCAGUGGCGGGAGACUGAGUGGUCGCAUUAUUAUGCGUUUGGGGAGAGGAAUGUUACGGAGGCGACGAGGAGCUUUACGAUUACGGUUGGGGAGGUCUAUGGGGUUGCUUGA